CCACCAGCACACACACACACACACACACACACACUCACUCACUCAGCGACAGAGAGCAAUGCGUGAAAUGAAGAAGCUACCCGACACAAACAGCAGCAGCAAAAAAGCAGCGUGGCGGCUCACUCCUUCCUAUCACUAUAGUUGAUACUAAUCCGGAAAUUGUGACUUGGUAGGUAUUGUUUGGUUUCUCUUCUGGGCAGUGUGCUAAACCUCAGAGGAAAAUGCCAACUCACUCAUUAUUGCCAUUUGUGGACAGCCCAGAUGGCCUUCUCCAAGAUAUCAUGAUUAGUAACAAUGCAGGAAUCCCAGGGCCCGGUUGCAGCAUGACACCGCAGAGCAGUUGUGCGGUGAAGGUCGUGUUACAGUCUGAAGACGGUGUGCAGCUAUCCUGCAUGUUCUGUGACCAGAUUUUUAUGAAUCAGGAUGAGCUUGGCCCACAUGUGCUCACACAUCACCCCACUACAUUAUAUGAGCCCACAGUGCUGCGAGUUGAUGCAGAGUUUAGGAUCCCCGGAGAGAGAUCCCGACCCAAACCCGGCUCCCUCCCUGUGCAGAAGGAGGAGGUUCCCAGCUGCAUUGUUUGUGGUCAGAUCGCACAAGAUGCCAACGAACUGGAGACCCAUAUGAGGAAGCACAAGGACUACUUUACGUACUGUUGCAACAUCUGCGGACGGCGGUUCAGAGAAUCUUGGUUUCUGAAGAAUCACAUGAAGAUGCAUGUGAAACCGGGACCAAAGAGCAGGGCUGUCCUGGACCAAGAGGCCCCUUUCACCAUUAAUGAUGUCACACAGGAGCCUCCCUUGGAGCCCGUCGUGUCUGUUUACAAAAUGUGCAUGGUAUGUGGGUUUUUCUUCCCUGACCAUGACAGUUUGGCAGAACAUAGUAAGGUUCACAACCGAGAGGCGGAGCUAGGUAAAGAGGAAGUCAAGGAGAAGAUGAAUGGAGCUACUGAAUCUCUAGCUAAACAGGAAGCAUUUUUAGGUAGUCUCAACCUUCAGCCUAGCUCUACAAAUAAGAGUUUAAACAGUGCAAGGUCAUCUAAGUGGAUUUCCCAGCUGGAUCCCUUUACUACAUAUCAGGCCUGGCAGCUUGCUACAAAAGGCAAGAUAGCAGUUGGUCCCAACAAUACUAAAGAUAUCGGUCAGGAACUCAGCACAGAUAACGAAGACUGUGGCUCUGACAAGGACGAGAUGAGUAUUAUAUGGUCAGAGUCUCAAGGAGACAAAACUGUGAAAGAGGUGCUUGGGAGAGAGCUCCGGUCGCAGCAGCAAGCGGUUGCAGAAACCUCAAACCCUCCACGGAGGUCACUCAUGCAAAAACAUAAGGACAAAGAGAGGCCAACCACUUGUGAGGAAUGUCAGAAAACAUUCAGGACCUAUCACCAGUUAGUUCUCCACUCCAGGAUCCACAAGCGUGAGAGAGGUGGUGAAGACAGUCCAACUUCUGCUGAAGUGAAGAUACCAAGAAAAAUCUCACAGGACCCAGCAGAGGAAGGACACGAGGAAGCUUUAGAGGAAAAUUUAAUUUCAGUCGAAGAUGGACUCGAUCGAUCGAAAUUCAAGUCCAAAGAAUGCAAUUAUUGUGGCAAAUCAUUCCGAUCCAGUUAUUACCUCACAGUUCACAUGAGGACUCACACAGGUGAGAAACCUUAUAAGUGUGCUUAUUGCAAUUAUGCGGCCGCUCAGAAGACCUCACUAAAAUAUCAUUAUGAUCGUCGCCACAAGGACAAACCUGCGGAAAUAUCCAGCAGAUCUGUGCCUUCACUACCUAUUCUUGAUGGUAGCCCUGCUUCAAACAGACCUAAACUCUGGGAUUCAGAAGCUAAUGGAACACCUGAGGAUAGAUUUGAUGGCUUGGAAAAGAAACCAGACCAGCAUAUUGUCCAAGUAAACACAGAGCACAGGGAUGUACAUGUAGACCAGCCAGUCGUGGUGAACCCAGAACAGGAGGAUAAGAACUCUGAGGUCCCUUUAAAUCUGUCCUUAAAAGUGUCUGGUUCAAUAGCUGCUGGUGCAGUAACAAGAUGUGCAUUAACUCUGAAUUUAUGCUCAUUCUGUGCGUAUAAAACCCUUUACCCUGAGGUUCUGAUAAUGCACAAAAAGUUGAUGCAUAAAGACAAAUUAGAUAAUAGCAAGAAGAAUAAUUAUGGAGGCAAUGUGAAACAAAGACGUUACACAGGGUGCCCACCUGCGCUGGACGGGAAAGAUGUUGCUCCACUCCAAAUGACUGACAGACCCCACCCUCGCCGAACAAAGUCCCCGCUCUCAAGACCCUCCAAACACGAAGAAGGUCUUCCUGUUAACCUGCCUCAUGGCCAAAAGCGCUCAUCUGUACAUGCAGCAGGCCAAGCUGUUGUCCAUUAUAAACAAAACACAGAAUCACAGCCCAACCGGGAAUACUCCAGAUACACAGAAGUCAUGAAGAAAACCAAUGCAGGCAGCAAGUAUAUUAUGGACAGGACAGCUCCUCUGGACAGGGUGGGGAUCGGUGAGAGGAGCUACCCAUCAAGGAGUGGGGCCAUUUGGAACUCUGAUGCUGCUCGUCUGUGCCUGUCGAGCAGGUUUGGGACCCUCCCCCAAAUGGAUUUUGGUGACCCGUCUGGAAAGAGAUUGAAGUUUUCUGCAUCAACAAACAGAGAGGUUGAGACUGGUGAGAAAAUGUCUUUGAGAGCGCCACCAGUGGAUGGACCCAACAGACUGUUAAUUCAAGUAAGAAAUGUAAAGCCAGGAUCACAGGGGUCAGGUCCAUCCUCAGCUUCCGAAGCUCUGUGUCCAAUAAAAACCGGGUCUGCACCUCUGGGAGGAAGUUUGGAAUCAGACUGGAGCAUGAUGAACUUUCUGCCCUACACACCAAGUGAUCUGGCAUCCCUCUACCACAGCACACCAACAAACCCCAGUCAUGGAGCACUGGCCAACCCUAGAGCUGAGGCCAGAAGUCUACUGUACCAGCCCUUACCAAGCCUACCGAACCUGCAGAGGAGAGAUCCCUCAGCCUCAUUCUCAAAUCAGCGCUACGGGACCACUGACAAGAGCUCCUAAAGCAAAAAGUACCAAGGUAAACCACUGGAAAAUAUGUGGAGUAACGUACAACAGAUCUUUCUUUGAACUUCAAACCCUUUUUAUUUGUCUUCCACUGGAUUGAAAUUUGUGAUCCCCGAUUUAAUUUUGUUUCCACCUUUUCUAGAUGUAAACAGGGCUGCUACCUUAUUUUGGAGAACUUUAUGGAAAAUGUAUUUGAUUUCUGGAUUUAAAAAGAGACUGUGCUCAGACUGUGCCUUUGGUGCCUUUAAUUUAAUGUAGAUUCAAUAGAAGAACAUUUGUGUUGUGUGGAAAUUUCAGGGGUUGAGAAUUUCAUUAUAGUUAUUUUCUUAUCCAAAUGGGUUAUGUGCACAGAUAUUUCUCCACACUGGUAUAUUGCUGUCAAUUUAAAUAUUUAUCUAAAGCCAUAUUCCACCCACACUAAGGUUCAAAUAUCAGGCUGUUAUGUAAGAAUGAAACAAAGGGGGUGAAAUGACAUGAAAAUUGCCUGAACAGGAGACAGGGUUAGUGUGAAAAUGGCUGCUUCAUUCACCUUCAGGCAGCAAUUACACAAUUUAGUUUUUGUCUCUUCCAAAACACUGGAGAGUGAGAAGUUUGAUAGCCUCGGCCCAUUAGUUUACAAGCAGGCUACAGUAACAGUUUCCUCUGGAUGCCCUACCUCAUGCUGCUCUCUGUACACUUAGUCAUUUUUAUAGCUGCUGCAGCUAGAAUGUCAAGAGCUUGGCUACCUUGAUAAAUGACUUAUUGCAGAAAUUGUCAGACCAAACAUCACACACUGUGGUACACAACUGCAUCCACAUUUUGGUUGUCAAUUAACUUCAGAUGUUUCAAACAGAAAAUACUUUAGUUAAUAGAUUAUUUAUGAUGUUACACUUAUUCUUUAACUGCCGGUGCCUGAGAUCCAUCAGCUACAAACUGUGGAUCCGUUUGUGGUCCAAAUGGUCGUUCAGUUGGUGCACUUUCAGUCUGGAGUAAAAAGAGUGUUGAAAGUGUGUUGUUCCAAGUGACCUUUUAUGUGUGCCAUGACUGCAGUCUAGAAACCACAACAACCUAAAAGCAGCUGUUUUGAUUAAUGAUUCAAUUUAAUGUGAACUGUGAAGAAAAGUCUUAGGAUGUCUCAUUUACACGAUGCCCGGGCAUCGCUCGUGUAGUUCUGUGUUUCUGUUGCAUUAAAAUGCCUGAGAUAGUUGGGGGGUUUUUGUAUUCAGCUUGCAUGUAAACCUAAUGUAAAAAUGAUACUAUUGUUUUGAAAUUUGUAUGACAUUUCAGUAAUAAAAGUGAGAGGCAAAGGACUCGUCAAGGUU